CGUGCGCAAGCGCGCAGCUUUUCCACGUGUGCUCAGGCCGUCAGCCCGGCCCAGCUGAGGAGAGACGCCAAGUGCCGUCGGAGGCUGGGAGUUGGCACGGGCCCGGCCGACCCCAUCGCCUGCUUCUGUCUUCCUCUCCCGGUCUCUCACCGCAGCCUGCGUCGCCAUGGGUAAGAGUCGGACGAAGCGCUUCAAGCGACCUCAGUUCUCCCCUACCGGUAGCUGUCAGGCCGAGGCGGCGGCUGCGGCGAACGGGGCUGAAGACGAAGAGGACGACGGGCCGGCGGCGGAACUUCUAGAAAAGCUCCAGCACCCGAGCGCGGAGGUCCGCGAGUGCGCCUGCGCGGGGCUGGCCCGACUGGUGCAGCAGCGGCCGGCGCUGCCAGACUUGGCCCGCCGCGAUGCUGUGCGCCGGCUCGGUCCGCUGCUGCUGGACUCCAGUCUGGCGGUCCGGGAGACGGCGGCCGGAGCUCUGAGAAAUCUCAGUGCUUGUGGAGGUUUUGAAGUUUGUGAUGACAUGGUGGCUAAGGACAUCAUGACACCCCUGGUGGCGCUACUGAGAGAGUGUAGCACUGGACUGGAUUCAAAUGAGAUGUCUCCACAGGAGAAAACCGAUAAGAACAGAAAUUCUAUUGAAAGCAUAGCCAAUGAGGCUGUGAACGUGCUGUGGAAUGUCUGUGAAUGCAGUAGUAGAGCAGUAUCUAUAUUCAACAAAGAAGGGUGUUUGGAGAGUGUAUUAAAGUACUUAUGUAGGUUCCCCACCAGUAUUGACCUGGCUGUUUCCGCAGCAUAUUGCUUGCAGACAGUAACUGAAGAUAAUCCAGAGCUCCUGAAGUAUUUUGAUGGCACAGCACUUCGUGUGCUGGAGUCUGCUUUGCUUUGUCCUGUCACCUCUAUGGAAUACAUUCUGCUAAAGACACUGGUAGCAGGCACAAUAUGGAACCUAAAGGACAUUAUUCCAUCUAAGAGUCAGGCAGAAAUCAUAAAUGCCAUACUAAAGGUCUUGUCUGAAGCUCUGGAGGUAAAUGCUGCCGACACAGUCAUUCAGAUGAAAGAGGCUGAAACCCAGCGGUUGAAAACAGCUUCAGAGACUGAGGACACACUAGCAAACACUAAUGGUGAUGAUAUAGUUGAAGAUGAUGAAAUGGAAGAAAUUCCUCGUAAAAAAAAACUCAGAAGGAAAACAUUUAUUUCCGAUUUACUUCCAUCUACUGACAAGGAGCUGAGAGAGACCAUGGCGUUGCUGACAGCUCAGCAGACUGCUCUGGAAGUUAUUGUCAACAUGUGCUGCAGUGAAGAUCCCUCUGAUGAUGAAUGGGAAGAACUUUCUAGUAGUGAUGAAAGUGAAGCCUUUAUGGAAAACUCCUUCAAUGAGUGCAGUGGGCAGCUGCUGUCCCCAUUGUGCCUGUCCCAUGAGAUUCACACUGCCCUUACCAACUGCCUCAUCCCAAAGAAGGUUUUUGAGAAAACUGCUUCACCAAACAGUAUUGCCAUUGACAUAUGUUCUAGGAACCCUACUUGGAAACCUUUGAUUAAGAAAUUGAACACUAUUCAGUGUAGAGCACUUAUGUGUCUCCAGAGUCUUGUGUCUCUCCUGGAUAUGGACCAUCUUGGAGGAGCCCCAGCUCUUCAGACACUUGCACAGCAUCUGUCACAACUUCUUUUUUCUCAGCCAGAUUUUGCUAAACAUGCUGAUUUUCUAGAAGCCAUAAGUAGUGCUUUGAGGGCCCUCUUGCAAGCAAUGGCUGCCAAGAAUAUUCCACAGUGUAUGACACCUGAGCAGCUGAUGACACUAUGCAGAGCAGGCAUUCAUAGUAGCAAUAUCGGGGUUCGAGUGAAUGUGGUCAGUAUUUUAGGGAUCACUGGCAGCGUCCUAGCCAAAGAAGAUGGCACACUUGAAACUCUAAAGACCAUUGGGUGCUUUCUGCUGGAAGUUGCCACCAAAGACCCUUCCCUCGUGGUAACAGGAGAGGCUUUGGAUGCCCUCUUUGAUGUUUUUGCAGAUGGUGAAGAAGCUGAAAAGGCCUCAGUUCAAAUUAAAUUGUUAUCUACUUUGAAAGAAUUCCAGCCAGUCUUCAAGAUGAAGAUACGGAAAGAGGGGAGGGGCAAAUACAGUCCAGAUCAGCUGUGUGUUCUUGACAACGUGAAGAUGAAUUUAAGACGGUUUGUUGCUUACCAGGAGACUGUUGAGAAAAGACUGACUUCUUAACCCAUCAGGAGGACCAGAGUUGGGGCCAGCACAGCAGCUGCACGCCUGCCUGGCAUGGUGGCCUGCAUGAUUUUCUAAAGCCCAAAGCUCAAAGUAAAAUGAGAGAGACUGUUUCUCCGGGUGGGUGUAACUCUGAGAAUACUAAAGGGUUUCCUUUGAGUGUACAUGCUUCCCAAAGCCUUUUGUUUCUUUUUUGAGACAUGUUCUUCUUAGGUAGCCCUGCCUGGCCAAGAACUCAGAGUUCUACCUACCUCAGUUUCCUAAUUACUGGGAUUUAAAGUAUCUGGUACCACACCCGGUCUCCAAAAGCCAGGGAUAGUUUGAGGUUGAGAACCUGUAGGAAAUGUGUAUUACAGCCAGAAAUCUCUGUCCUUCUGCUACAUCUUCUGCAUAUUUUAGCCACUGGAAAUGAAAAGUGCAAAUGCAUCACAACCUCAGGUGGUCCUGAUUUUCCCUUCUCAGUUCUAGGAGCAGCGUUCAGGCAGGACCUUGCUCCUGCUAGGCAAGCACUCUACAACUAACUACACCCUAACCCUCAAGUGGUUCUUAACUACUUUGUGGGCAAUAAAUAAAUUUUAGACAGUUAUGUCCUUCAGCUUUGUAAGAAAAGAAAUUAAUUCAUUGCU